UAGAUUUUAUAAUAAUUGUAGUGUUAUUUCUAUCAGUUUUUUCAUACUAUACCAUCUCAAUUAAAACUAUUUUCUUAAAUCUGUUUAUUUGGUCAUAAGGGUUUUGUAAGAGUACGCUGAAAUAAUAUUCAGUUAAAUAUAACUAAUUUGUGAAAAUAAACAUUAAAUGAAUUAUAACACCACGCCUUGCUACCAUUAAAAUUAAUUAUAGAGAACUAUAAAUGUCACCUGUGCCCUUGAAUCGCAAUGCUUAAUUAUUUCGAAUAAUUAAAAAUAUCAUGGGAAAUGAAAAAUAAACGUUACCACAACAUACGUGCGUCAAGGUCACGGCGUGCGUCGCGAGGAAUUGGCAUCGGCGCGUGCGCGUCGCUUGUGACGCUGGCUGAGACGAGACGUCCAGUUACUCAGUAACCGCUGGACAUGACCAAAUUAUGGAUUAUCAAUGCGUCGUCGUAUAUACUGUCAUCAAUAUCGCGCCGCCCAAACUUGCAGCCCAAACGUCCGAGUUGGGCGGCUGCGUCGACUGGAUUAAAAACAAGAUUAAAAGAGCGGUAGCAGUAUAUCUUCAAUCUUUGAAGUUAACGCCAAACAAUGGUAUCAUACACGGGAAUCUGGCAUGUUUAUACUAUAAACAAGGCUUCAUAGAUCUCGCUAUAGAAACAUAUAGAAAAGCUAUUGAGCUUCAUCCGAAUUUUCCUGACGCCUACUGCAAUUUAGCUAAUGCCCUCAAAGAAAAAGGUCUCGUGAUUGAGGCUGAGGAAUGCUACACGAAGGCAUUGAUUUUGUGUCCCACGCACGUCGACUCACUCAAUAAUCUUGGAAAUGUAAAGAGAGAACAGGGAAAAGUAGAAGAAGCAACAAAUUUAUACACAAAGGCUUUGGAAGUUUUCCCUGACUUUGCAGUUACACAUAGUAAUCUCGCAUCGCUUUUACAGCAACAAGGUAAACACGGCGAGGCGUUAAUGCAUUAUCAAGAAGCUAUUGCUAUUCAACCGAAGUUUGCUGAUGCCUACAGUAAUAUGGGAAACACGUUCAGGGAGUUACAACAGACCCAAGGAGCUAUCAUAUGUUUUAAAAAAGCAAUAGAAAUUAAUCCUUUAUUUGCUGAUGCGCAUUGUAAUUUAGCCAGUAUUUACAAAGACAUAGGUGAUAUAAUUGAAGCUAUAAAAUCCUAUCAAAAUGCUCUUGUGAUUAGAGAAGAUUUUCCUGAUGCUUAUUGUAACUUAACACAUUGCCUUCAAAUAAUCUGUGAUUGGGAUGAUUACGAGCAACGGAUGAGGACAGUAAUAAAAAUUGUUGAAGAGCAGUUAAAAAGCGAUAAAUUAACGUCAGUACACCCACAUCAUUCCAUAUUAUAUCCGUUAACUAAUCAAUGUAGAAAAGAAAUUGCUGCAAGGCAUGCAAGAUUAUAUAUAGAAAAGGUAAGGGGGUUUACCAAGGCAAAUAAUUUUAUUACAACAGACAAUAACCGUUUACGCAUCGGUUACGUAAGUAGCGAUUUCGGUAAUCACCCGACAUCACAUUUAAUGCAAUCUAUUCCCGGGCUUCAUGAUACUUCAAAGACAGAGAUUUUUUGCUAUGCGUUAAAUCCGAAUGAUGGUUCAACAUUCCGUAAUAAAAUAGAAAAUGACUCAGAACAUUUUAUUGAUAUAUCCAAUAUAACGUCUAACGAUGAGGCGGCAAAUAUAAUACAAAACGAUGGUAUUCAUAUAUUAGUGAAUAUGAAUGGAUAUACAAAAGGCUCAAGAAAUGAAAUUUUCGCUUUGAAAUCGGCGCCAAUUCAAAUAAUGUGGCUGGGCUACCCAGGUACAAGCGGGGCCACAUAUAUGGACUAUAUUAUAUGUGACAAUGUCUCAUGUCCAAUGAAAGCUGAAAACGAUUUUACUGAAAAGUUUGCUUAUAUGCCAUAUACAUACUUUGUCGGCGAUCAUAUGCAAAUGUUUCCACAUCUAAAGAAUCGAUUUAAACUGAGGACCAAUAAUGAUAGUGUAUUAAAUGAUAAUGUAGCAAUAAUUAAUUAUAUAGAAGAAUUGGAUGAGUGUUGUAUUGAUAAAACAAAAACAGUACUAGUUUUCGACAAUUAUGAACCAAUAGAAGUAUUAGAAACAAUUAUUAACAUUCCUAAGUGUGUCCUUGAAUUUGCGUCAGACUCUAACCAAAUACAGAUGAAUAUCGAUAAUAUAUCUAUAUUAAAUGGAUUAUCAGUGUUGACAUUUGAUUCUAAAAUAGCAAGUGGAGAAAAAAUUUGUGAUAAAGUUGUUAUAACUACAAGAUCUCAAUAUGGUUUGCCAGAUGAUGCAAUAGUGUAUUGCAAUUUUAAUCAAUUAUAUAAAACCGAUCCUAAAACAUUAAAAACUUGGAUCAAGAUUUUACAAAGCGUGCCUAAUAGUCUGCUCUGGCUGGUGAGUUUUCCAGUGGCAGGAGAACCUAAUAUUCACAAGUUUGCCCAAAAAUUAGGUUUAGAUCCAAAACGAAUAGUUUUUUCAAGAAUAGCAUCCAAGGAAGAACAUGUACGGCGAGGGCAAUUGGCAGACGUCUGUUUAGACACUCCAUUAUGUAAUGGUCAUACAACCACUAUGGAUAUGCUAUGGGCUGGGACGCCUGUUCUCACCCACCCGGGUGAAACUUUAGCUUCAAGAGUAGCUGCAUCACAGCUUACUGCACUUAAUUGUCCGGAACUUAUAGCUCGCGAUAUAAAUCAUUAUGAACAAAUGGCUAUAAAAUUGGGAACAGAUGUCAACUAUCGGAAAUAUAUACGAGCUAAAGUGUACAAAGCCCGCGUAGAAAGCACACUCUUCGAUUGCAAGCACUAUACAAAAGGAUUGGAAGCACUUUACGAGAAAAUGUGGCGACUUCACGAAGACGGAAAAAUACCUGAACAUAUUGGCGUAUAAAUCACUAUUGACAUAGUGGCUUAAGCGUGCAACUCUCUCGUCGGUUUGAUACCCGGUCGUGUACAAAUGGACUUUCUGUCUAUGUGCGCAUCUACGAGUAACAUUCGCUCGUACGGUGAAGGAAAACAUCGUGAGGAAAUUGACAUGUCUCACAUCCAAAAAUUUACGACAUGUAUCGCGUAUAGAAGGCUUACUAGUCUAUGAAUUAAAAAUAAGCAAUGAAACCGGCGCAAUUUGAGACCAAGGCCAAGACCCAUUUCGGAUUUUUUCUAUAGAACAGGGGGCAAACGGGCAGGAGGCUCUGAAUAAAUAUUAUCUAUAAUUUUAACUUUAACUAGCAGAAUAAGGUUUUAACAUCAUUCAGUAUCCUCAAUUCAUUCAAUUUCAGUAUCCUUUAAUAUCUAUGAGAUUAAAAAUAAUGUACAGUAGGGGUGUUCAAUAAAAAAGUGAUUAAUGAGUAUGACGCAAUUAUGCCGGCAGCUUUGUUCUUCGAACUAAGAUCUCGUAGUUACGGCUCUAUAAUUAAUGCACUCGAUCAUUACUACCCCUUAGCUAUCCUAGAAAAAAUCCAAUGAUCAGAGAUGACGGUCACUUCUAAGUUAUGAACUGUUUAUUCGUUACCGGGUCAUAAUGGUGACAACAUAUUUGGUCUACAGAUAUGAAUCGAUCAAGAUCUUAUUAACAAACCCACAGCUUUGUGAAAUUCUCAGUCUCGUAUGUUAGUUUGCAUCAGCAAGCACCCAGCGCACUGACACUUUUGUGCACAAUUCCUUGAAAGUUUAAUUUCAUCUGCUGCAAAAAAAGUAACACGACGAGGUGCCGCGACAAUGUUUUCAACUUUUUUAAUCAUUUGUUCAGUCACUAUUGGAUACGGCGUCCCAUGCGGAACGUUAACGGAAGGUCAUCUUGAACUAAGCACACCAACGCGAAAUUUUUAUUAUAUGACAGAGGGUAAAUGGGCAGGAGGCUCACCUGGUGUUAAGUGAUCUCAUAGACACAUUGCCAGAGGGCUCGAAGAGAAGUGCAUUGCCGGCCUUUUGAAAUUUGGUACGGUCUUGAAGGACCAGAAGUCGAAUGAACCCUUAAUUUUGCAUGGAAUACUGAUUUACCAGCUUCGUAGUAAAUUUUUUCAAGCAGAAAUAUUUAAUUACCCCGCGAACAUUUAUACAUUUUUAAGAACACGUCCCAACAAACACAUGACUUCUGUUUAAAAGAAACAAAUGAGAAUUGAUUGUAUUUUUUAUUUCUAAUGUAUUUUUCUUUCCAAGUGUAUCUCAUUAUCACUACAUAAUAUAUUCAUUGAACAGCCCUCGUCUAUACGAGAAAAAUAUAGAGGGCGUUAACGCCAUUGGUUUACCGAAUACAUAAUAUAAAGAUAUAUAACUUUUUAGCUUUCAUCAGAAACUAACGCCAUCUAUCUGUAAUAGGAUAUCAACAGUGCCACUGGAAUGGAGAUAAGGUUCAAUUUUAUUUGGAAACAAUUUAAUAUUUAAUUAAAACUAGAAAUAUCUACUGCGGAUAGUAUCAAAAAAUAGGAAAAGAUUAUUUUAAUUUGCUAACCACAACUGUAGAAAUAAUCAAGUUUUUAUUUAUAAGUUUAUUACAAGCCAUGCCAA